AUGCGGGCCCGGUCUUUCACACAAUGUGGUCGUCUCAACAGCCCAAUUUCGUGUGAAAGCAGCAGAGUGGCACGACAUCUCCGUCUGCGUGGACAAGUGCAAACUUCUCCCUGCACCCGGCCUUUACACUCUAAGUGUGCUAUAUUCUAUAACGCCUCACGGGAUGGGAAUAUACAUUCACGGAAAGAGAUUGACUCCUCGCCCAGCGGGUUGAAUGCGCCCAAGGCCAACCUUGCCUAUUCACACAAUGUCCCUGCAGCAGGGGAUGGAUCGAACUCCCACCUUGGUGAUGAGGACUCGAAGCAGGAAGCUGGGAGCACUGCAUCUGAAACCCAGGCCCCCGAUGAAGACGGCAGCACAUCAGCUACAUCACCUACCAAAAGGCGAAAACCAUUUGACGUCACUGUGCCUGCAGUAAACCUGCUCACUGCCAUCGACACAAUCAAACUGGCUCGCCAACAUGGGCUAACAGACGAGGAAGUUGUACCAACACCUUAUGCUAAGGAAUCUGCACGUGGGUGGAUGGGGGAUAUCUUGCGCAACAAUCGAAUUCUUGCAGCAAAGAUGAAAUCAAAUCUGGAAGACAGCAGACGGAAAGGACGAAUGCCAGACAUACUAGCCGCCAGGCACAAAUUGCCUUUGAUGUCCGGUACAAUUCGACCCAAAUUGUUGGAGCUCAUCAAUAACUGCGAUGUGACCAUAAUCUUGUCCAAGACGGGUUCCGGAAAGACGACUCAAAUUCCCCAAAUAAUCCUUGACAAAAGGGUCAUGGAUGGGCUUGGACCGUCAACGAGCAUUCUCUGCACACAACCCCGUCGAAUUGCAGCCACUUCCACCGCCAGAAGGGUAGCCUAUGAGCGAGGCGAAACCCUGCAGGAUUCUGUCGGCUACCACAUUCGCAACGACAAGUGGUCUGCACGACAACAGGCGAGCAUAACCUAUUGUACCACGGGGAUUCUUCUGAAUCGUCUGGUUGCGGACGAGGCGGGCACACUGCAGUCACACUCACACAUCAUCAUCGAUGAAGUUCACGAGAGGAAUGUACAAAUCGAUCUGGUACUGGCAAUCCUUCGAAGAGCCGCCCAAACCAGGAAGGCUGCGGGCCAGAAGUUUCCCAAAAUAAUUCUCAUGAGUGCCACCAUUGAUCCGAGCAUGUUCCUCGAGUAUUUCAGGCAGCCCGCGAACACGGGGAUAUCGCUUCUGGCGGAGAGCUUCGAAGUCGAGGGAUCUCCACACCAUAUCGAAACACAUUAUCUGCCGGAAAUUCUGUCGGACCUCACAAAAGACAAAGCGUCACACCACACAAUGUACACCCUCCUGCAGGGGAAGAAUACUGAUAUAUCCAGCGCGAACUAUAUCCGGAACGAGAUGCAUUUUGCUACGAAAUACUCUCGGAGUCUUCAGCCGCACAGCAGUGAUCAGACGGUGCAAUUGACGGAGAACGACGCGGCGGACUCAGCUGCCCAAGCUGUAGACCGUGGGUACAUCGGGCUGGCAACGGCUGUGAUAGCUCAUCUGGCACAGCGUAAACCCGAAGGCGAUAUACUGGUCUUCCUACCUGGAAAGGCAGAUAUCGACGAGAUAUUCAACCAUCUGAUCGAACUCAGACCACUUGGCGUGGACUUCAAUGACAAGGCCAAGUUCAAGCUGUUCAAGCUGCAUUCUCAGUUACGGGACUCGAACGACGAAGUAUUCAAGCCGGUGGCUCCAGGAUGCAGACGGAUCAUUCUCGCAACGAACAUCGCCGAAACUUCGGUGACACUGCCAGAAGUGGUGUACGUUGUGGAUAGCGGACUGCUACGGAGUAACGCUUUCGAUCCUUUCACGCGCAUGAGGAGCUUGCCCUACGACUGGAUCAGCAAGACGAGCUUGAUCCAAAGACGGGGCCGCGCCGGCCGUGUUCGCAACGGCCAUUACUACGCGCUCUUCACGAAACAACGGCAUGACUCACUCAUAGCCAUGCGUCGUCCUGAGAUUGCUGUGGCCGACCUGGUGAACGUCGUUCUGCAACUCAAAGCCCAUCCCCAGCGAGUUGACGUCAAGGAAUUCCUGCGCGAGACCAUCGAACCGCCGCCCGCCCAAGCCAUCGAGAGUGCGAUCAAGGACUUGCAGAGUCUGCACGCAUUGACCGAAACCCAAGAAAUCACCAGUCUAGGUCGGCUCCUCUCUCGAUUUGCUCUCCAUCCGGCAGCGGCGAAGGGCAUCUUGUUAGGGGCCCUCUUUGGGUGUCUCGAACCAAUGCUCAUCCUGGCGUGCCAUAACUCCACCGACUCGUUGAUUUCGCAUCCCGAACUGACUUCCAGACAGCUUUCGGAGAUGAAGCAGCAGUACGCAACGGAGAAUGAAAGCGAUCUGGUAGCAGUGAUUGAAGCCUUCCGAGAAUACCAUGCAGCCCAUCGCGCAGGCAACAUGGAUCUGGUGAAGGAAUUACGGGAAAGAAGACCUAUCAGACACCAUGUCUAUGUGGACAUGAUGCUCGCAAGCACCGCCAUUCAUGACAUCCUGACCGACGUUGGUUUCCUGCCCGCCGCCGAACCAGGACGCAGCGUUUUUGAAAUCCUACCGUCCACUAUGAAUGCGAACCGCGACAAUAAGGUUCUCGUGAAAGCACUGGGUGUGAACACUAUUACUCCGGAACUAGCCGCAUGGCGGGAGAAACGCCCUCUCAAGAAAAGCUGGAGUCUAGACGACGCGAACGCAACCGGUAUAAUCUCGCGAGACAGCGUGAACGAAAAGCCGACGAAAAGAAAAUAUGUGUUUUCCCGCAAAUACCGCUCCGACGGCCGCUUGCUGGCCUAUUCGUGGAAACACGAUAUCCCGGACUCGAAUCCAAAGGCCGUCUGGCUGGACCAGACGUCCAUGGUGACGCCCCUGAUGGUCGUGCUCUUCAGCCGGCGCGUCUCGUUGAGGAGUCCGCGAAUGGUCAAGAUCAAUGAUUGGCCUCGACUGCGACUCAUCGCUGAAGAGGAGACCCCGCCGGUCCUGGCGGAGCAGACGGCGCGGAUCCUAAUGGAGCUCCGAAAAACCGUUGAUCGCUUCGUCGGCUCCGCGUGGGAGGAGCUCGGCAUGCUCGACCUGUCUGGAGACAGAAGGCCGAGUAGUAGUCGCUCGGCCAAGGAGAUUGAUCGAUCACGACGUCGCGAUCGACCUCUGCUCAGCGACGAGCUGCGGAAGGUCAUGGUUGACUCGGUCGUCAAGAUCCUCGAAGAAGAUGAUGCCUUUUGGAAGGCGUUCCGAGACAGAAAGCGGGUCGAAAACCUCGAAGCCGAGGCCAAGUACGUUGAAGAGAUGAAUCGAAUGAAGUCCAACGACCCUGUUGAUGACGGCAUCGAAGAGCGUUCGAACACUCUGGAAUCACAUGGCGGUGCGGUGUCGCUCGUCAACGAGUUGGACGAGGACGCUGACGAUGAGCCAGAACCGCGCACGACUGCAGCCGCGGUAUGA